AUGAUGGAAAUAUACAAUGAACAACUUCGUGAUUUGUUAACAAGAGAUAAAUCAUCUCAAACGAAUUUACAAAUUAGACAAUCACCAGCUCAAGGAUUCUAUGUGCAAGGUUUAACGCAGGUACCAGUUGGGUCGUAUGGUGAAAUUGAACAAAGAAUGAAUCAGGGUACUGCGCGUAGAACUGUAGCGGCAACAAAUAUGAAUGAAACUAGUAGCAGAGCUCAUACUAUAAUUACAAUAACAUUUGAUCAACUCAUUGGUUCUGAAGAGUCAAAAAUAUCAAGAAAGCGUUCGGUAAUAAAUUUAGUUGAUCUAGCAGGUUCUGAACGAGCCGAAAGCACAGGAGCGACUGGAGAUCGCUUAAAAGAAGGUGCAAAAAUCAAUCGAUCAUUAUCAGCAUUGGGUAAUGUCAUAUCCGCAUUAUCUGAAAAUAAAAAAGUCAUUCCUUAUCGGGAUUCAAUACUUACUAAACUACUACAAAACGCUUUGGGUGGGAAUAGUAAAACCGUUAUGAUUGCAGCAAUAUCGCCAGCAGACAUUAAUUAUGAUGAAACGUUAUCCACGUUACGUUAUGCAGAUCGAGCGAAACAAAUUAAAAAUACAGUUUUAAUUAAUGAAGAUCCAAUGGAAUCACUAAUUCGUGAAUUAAAAGCAGAAAAUGAACGUCUAAAGAAAGCCUUAAACUCUACUGAACUACCUUCAUCAGUGGUCGUAAAAGGUCUUACACCAAAAGAAAUAGAAGAUCUUAAAAACCAAAUGAGAAAAGAAAUGAUGGAACAGAUGGAAACUAAUCUGGCUACAAUCGAAGCUCAGAAUCAAGCUGCAUUUGAUGAGAAAUUGAGACAAGCUCGAUUAGAAAUAACUCAGCAAACAGUUGAACUUCCUAAGAAAUCAGGUGACUCACGUAUUUCGUCAAAAUCAAAACCAUACUUAUCAAAUCUGAAUGAGGACCCACAACUGUCUGGAAUUAUUAUUCACGUCUUAUCUCAUAAACAAACAGGAAUCGGACGUGAACCGCCAAGUGAAUCGCAAUCUAACGAAAAAUCUAAAAUAUUUUGGAUUCAAAUGAAAGGUUUAUGUAUGGUUGAUGAACAUGCUUUAUUAAUAAGACAUGGAAAGACUGGUGCAGAAGUAGAACUACGUGCUUUACCCAAUGCUGUUCGAAUGACAAAAGUAAAUGGUGUUACCGUGAAGAAUUCUGUUACACUUCAUCAUAAGGAUCGCAUAUUAUUUGGCUCACAUCAACUAUACAUAUUCCAUAAUCCACUGUCAAAAGAAUUUGCUGAUGAGUCAAAAUCUGGUAUGGAACCGGAAACAAUUGACUGGGAAUUUGCACAACGUGAAUUAGCUCAAGCUACAGGUUUCGAACAGUUUAGCAAUAAACCUAGAAAGAAGGAAGAAGCAAUAUUGCAGCAACAAUUACUUGAGCUAUUACCAAUGGUAAAUGAAGUCAACGCUAUAGCAGAUGAAUUGAAUAAACAAAGAACAUUUGAAGUGAUUUUACUGCCACCAACUGCACAAGCUUUAAAAUACGGUGAAUCAAAGCGUACAAAAGUUAUGGUUCGCAUGAUUUGUACGAAUACAGGUCAAAUGUGCUUGUGGGAAAGAGAAAAAUUCAUGACAAGAAGAUUUUUAAUGCAGGAUAUGUAUCAAAAAAGUUUGAGUAAACAACUAGAGGAUUAUUUACAAGAAUCUGAUCCAUUUUGGGAACCAUUAGAAGAUUUAUUUAUUGGUAUAGCACCAGCGUUUCUUCGCGCAUUAGCUUAUCGACUUGAUGUGGAUGAAGAAUUAAAAAUCAUGGAUUUUAUUGGUGAUGAGUUGGGAACUAUUAAUAUAAAAUUGAUACCUUGUUCAGCGUCCAAUUCAAAGUCUGCGUUACCAUCAAAUAAUGCCUCUUCUAACAAAAAGGAUGACGUAACGUUUAUCGAAGAUCCUAGAGAAUUAAUUGGGAAGCCUUACAGUUUCAAGAUAAUAUUAGGUUCGCUGAAUUUAUAUGACUCAGAACAGAAUAAACACAAAUAUACAGUGUAUUAUCGUAUAUUUAAAGAAUCGGAAUUAACAGCAGCCAAGAUGGAAUCUAAUAAAUUACAUACACGUUUGUAUUCAAUAGAUCAAAUUACACAUGAAUAUUUAGACUAUUUUCAUACAGAAUUUAUAUGUUUCAUGAUUUAUUGUUCACAAUUUGAAAAAGAUGUUAAAAAAACAUUCGAUGUUUAUUCACCUGCACCGUUACUUUCAAGACGUUAUUCUCGCCUAUCUGUCGAAGAAUUAGAUGAUAUCAGUAAAUUAAAAACAGAGUUAACUAUUUUACAAAGAGGAUUGGAUUCAUUUUCGAAAAAAGAUAAACAACUAGAUAAACUGUAUAAAUCUUGGGCUAACAAAUCUUCAUCAGCUGAUAAUUUCAAAUUAUUAUUAGAGGAUGUUCACAAACUAGUUAACAUGAAAAUUCCUUCCAUUAAUCUAUCAACUGCAUUAGAAAAGAAAACUUGAACUUAUUCAAACUAAUAUUUUACGUACUCAGAAGUUUGUGCAAUAUUUCAAAACAAGAAAAAUAAGCUUUCUGAUGUUGGGCUGUUGAAUGAUUUAUUUAUAAAAUGAUUAGAUUAUUCGCUUUAAUCUUAGUUUAUUCAUAUAUAUUUAGUUUUUCAUUAAUAAUAUGACCUUGGAACUGUUAUAUUCUAUUAAUAUUAUUAUUAAAC